AUGCCGAUGGCAUCCAAUUAUGACAACAUCUCCGACGCGGAUUUCGACGACGAGGCGCUGCUGGCCGAACUCAAUGCGCUGGUGCCCCCCUCGAAGCCGGCGGCGCCCGCACGCCCGGCCACACGCCCGGCCACUCGCCCAGCCGCCGGUCCCGGCGCCCGGCCGGCGCCCUCGGCCACGCUUGCCGGGGGGCUCAUGAGCCGGAACUAUGACAACAUCUCCGAUGCAGAUUCCGACGAUGAGUCCCUCCUGGCGGAACUCGGUGCCCUGACUGUCAGUCAAAAGCCGGGCCCCCGGCCGCAGGCGACGCCCAGUCGACCUGCUGCCACCAGUGCGAUGCCCGUGGCCUCGCUUCUCGAUCGCAACUACGAUGACAUCUCCGACGCGGACUCCGGCGAUGAGGACCUCCUCGCCCAGCUCGGUGCCCUGGAGCCCAAGCGGCCCUCUGCCCCGGGCCGCGCUCCUGCCCCGGGCCGCGCUCCUGCCCCGGGCCGCGCGCCCGGCCCCGGUGCCGCCCCUGCUCAAGCCUCGAGCUUGGCCCACGUCCCCGCCCGCGUCCCUGCCCCGGCCACCGAGGUGGACCUUCUGAACCGGAAUUACGACGACAUUUCGGACGCCGGGUCCGAUGAUGAGGAUUUGCUGGCACAGCUCGACUCGUUGGAUGGCCCGGCUGUCCCGCGCCCGAGCGCCCCCAGGCUGCCUGUCCAGCAGCCCGCACAGCCGCCGCGCCAGCCGCCGGGGCCCGUGCCGAGGCCGCAGCCCCAGCGCCCGCCGGCGGCCGCCCCAGUGCCACAGCCGGCCGCCGUUGGCCUGCCCCUUGAUCUGUCGCUGCUUGAUCGGAAUUAUGACGACGAUCACAUGUCGGAUGCCGGCUCGGAUGAUGACGAUCUCCUGGCGCAGCUUGGCGCCCUUGAAGCCUCGGGCCCUGCCCGGCCGGGGGCCAGCGCUGCCGGUCGACCUGCCGCCCCGGCAGCCCGGCCUGCCGCCCCGGCGACCCAGCCCGCUGGCCCCGCUGGCCCCGGUGCCCGCGCCCAGCCGGCCAGCCUGCCGGUGGAUCUCAACAUCCUGGACCGGAACUAUGAGGACAUUUCGGACGCUGGAUCCGAUGAUGAGGACCUGCUCGCGCAGUUGGCUGGCCUCGGGCCUGACAUUUCGGACGCCGGGUCUGAUGAUGAGGACCUGCUCGCGCAGCUGACAGGUCUCGGGCCCGCUCGGCCCGCUGCCUCGGCUCAGCCCGUCGCGCCGGCGCAGCCAAUCACGUCGGCCCAGUCCGCCGCCCCGGCCGGGCCCGCCAUGCCUGCUGCCCUUCCUCUGGACCUCGGCAUCCUGGACCGGGACUAUGAGGACAUCUCCGACGCCGGGUCCGGAGAUGAAGACCUGCUGGCACAACUGGGUGCCCUUGAUUCCGCCCCCGGUGCCAAGCCGCCGGCUGUCGGGGUCUCGGCCCCCAAGCCCAUGGCGUCUGUGGCCCCUGUGGGCCCUGCGCCGGGUCCUCGUACGAAUGGCUCGCCCGCCGUCGGUAGCCUUGUGGACUUGGAUCUCGAUGACAUCUCGGCUGCCGCCCCCGAUGAUGAGGCUCUCCUCGCGGAGGUUGGCGGCCUGGGCGGUGUCCGGGACAGCCGCCCCCAGGUCUCUCAGCCUGGACGGACAACCCAGCAGCCGGCCCUGAAGCCCGGCCACCCUGCCCCCUCCACACAGCCCGCCGCGUCUGCGUCAAAGUCCCCCUCUGGCCCAGCGCCGACUCGCAUUGCCGCCCCGGCCCCGGCCCCGGCCCCGGCCCCGGCCCCGGCCCCGGCCCCGGCCCCGAAGGCAUCCCCCGCGGCCCCGGUUCGGCGGGCCGCGCCGCCGGGUCUGGCUCCCGACUGGAACCACCUCCCGGAUCUCGAGAUCGCCGGCCUCCUCAACAUUACCUGCAUGGAAACCCUUCGGCAAUAUGCCCUCGUAUGUGCCCUGCUCCAUUCGGGUCCUCUGCUGUGA